AUGGCGAUGGCUUCCAAGAUGGUCGGCGCCCUCUUGCUGGUCCUCCUGCUGGCGCUCACCCAGAGCGACGCCCAGGUGUUGCCGACUCCAUGCUGCAACCUCAAAUGUUGUGGGUUUGAUUGCUGCGGGCCCCCGGUCACAGCCGCGGCGCCCAUUUCGCCAUUGUCCACUGCUCCGGAAGCAGGACGGGCCGGCCCGGUUUCGCAGCGUGUGCCACGCAAGGUUUUCCCCGGAAACUAG